UCUGUCGCUUGCAAAAACCAGGGCGGAUACCCUUGUACCGACAGCAGUGGAAGGGCCAAUACAAGCCACGUUGCACGUUGUGCAGCAGUGUUUUCCCCGGUGCGCGGACAAAGGCGAUUGACCACUUCACUUGCCCGUCUGCACAUUGCAGAUUCCGUACGGGAGAGAUCCUGUACAAGUUGAUGAGGGACGGGGUCACCAUCACUGACCCUGUAGGGAGGGCAAUGGCAGCCAGGCAUCUCGAGGUCCACGAGGAGGAGUUGGAGAUGGAGGACCUGCAGAGGGCCGAGGAGGCAGCUGCCACAACGACAGGUAUGCCGAUGCAUGACGACCGAGUUCGUGGCCGUGGACGGCAGUCAGCUGCCCAAGGGUCGCAGACUGUUAGGAUGGAUGAGGGAGCGGUCGAUGGUGGGUCAAUGGACGACGAGCUGUCUAUCCUUAGAGAGAGGGUCCGCGUCCUUGAGGCGGAGCAGGGGUCGACUAAGGUGCAGAACACCGCACGACAGCCUUCAAGGCGAAAAACCGACUUGUCAUGGCUCAGGACAGAGGGCACACGUGCACCGUCAGGUGUUGUUGUGCCCCGCGAUCGUCGCACGCUGCAGACGAGGUUGGAUAGUUGGGCAAAGGGAGACCUGCAACAGCAGUAUGAGAGGUUGUGGGUCAGGGCCUUGUACAGGGCUGGGGUGCCAUUCAUAUUCAUACAGCUCGAGACUACGCAAGAGCUGCAUGACUUCAUGGUAUCAUUGAUGAGGGUCACGAUUGGGCCUACUUUGGUCCUCCCCUCAUACACUGACAUGCGCACCCGCCUCCUCGACGAGAUUUAUCAUGAGAUAGCAGAGAGGGUCGCUCCGAAGAAGGCAAAGUGGAAGUUGACAGGGUGCACGAUGAUGACGGACGGGGCAACGACAAGGUUGUACAAGCCUAUCGUCAACUUCAUCGCAGCAAGCGAGGACGGACCCGUGUUGAUCAGUACCGUUGACAUGUCGGAGAGGGACAAGACUGGAGUGGCACUGGCAGAGUUGUGGGAGGAGGUCAUCCGCGAUAUUAACAUUAAGCAUGUGAAUGCUUAUUGCACUGACAACGCUUAUGCAAACAAGGUGGCUGCACAGCAGUUGCAAGACCAUCCGUACGGUAGAUACACGCCAGGUCCUAGACAUGUAGCAGUUGAGGAGGAGGAGGAGGAAGAAGAGAAGAACUACAAGACGAUGAGGAGGAGGAACAGGAGGACGAGGAGGAAGAGGAGGGGGAGGAGGAGGAGGAGGAGGAUGAAAAAGAAGAAGAUGAGGAGGUGGGGGACGAAGAGGGGGAGGAAAGAGGAGGAGGAGGAGGAGGAGAAGGAGGAUGAAAAAAAAGAUGAGGAGGUGGAGGACGAAGAGGAGGAAGAGGAGGAGGAAGAGGAGGAGGAGGAGGAGGAGGAGGAGGAGGAGGAGGACUUACCUCGUUGCAGCAGCAGGGGCACUCUCCCGGUGAAGGCUCCAGCGGCGGUGGCGAUGGCUCCAACAGCGCAACAGCGGGGCGGUGGGGAAAUGGGGCAGUAUGUCGUCAACGCCGACAGCCCCAGCACACAGGCGGCCGGCGGGGACGAGCACCAGGAACCACGGCGACGGAGAGCGCUGCACCGGCCUGCUGCUGGCCCGAUCUGGGCCGAAUUCGAAUUCAAAAAAUGGCCUGAUCUGGGACGUCGAUGUUAGUCGAUCGCCAACCCAGAUCGGGCCAUCAAUAUUUCAAAUCCGGUAGGGCCCUUACCGGAUCCGCCUCCAAGG